CAGCGUCUAACAAUGGGUCUUCCUCAUGCACUCUUCCUUCUCUUCUCUCUCACUCUCAGUCUCAUCUCCACUCAUGCAUCAUUCUCCCACCAGUCCCACAUCGAGCUACCCUCACACAAGCAGCACUGCGCAGGGAAGCUCACCCACAUCCACUUCUUCUACCACGACAUAAGAAACGACAACAGCCCCUCCAUCGUGCAAAUCGUGGAGACUCCGAAGAACGUUCCGAACGGGUUCGGUUCCACUUUCGUGAUGGACGAUGUGAUGACGGAAGGGCCGGAGCUGGGGUCGAAGCGCGUUGGAAGGGCCCAGGGGCUGUUUGGCUUGGCCUCUCUUGAGGACCUUGGGAUGUUCAUGCUCACCAACUUCGCUUUCACCCAUGGUCACUACGCCGGAAGCACCUUGAGCAUGCUCGGGAGGAACCCCAUUACCGACCAAAAUAGGGAAAUGCCCAUUGUUGGUGGCACCGGCGCGUUUAGAUUUGCCACUGGCUAUGCCAUUGCGAAUAGCCUUCAUUCCAUUUCUACCCCUGACCAUUUUGUGGUGGAGUACAAUAUUACGGUGCGUCAUUCCUCAUGGGAUCAUUAACUCAUUGUAUUUGCCACCUUUAGUACACUAUUGUUUUCACCUUUCAACUAAUGUGUUAACCACUUCACCUAGUUAGAUUGUGCCAUGCAAUUUUACUUUUGCAUUGUUUUCGGAACAAGUACUUACUAUAUACUCUCAAAUUUUGGGUUAAAA